AUGUAUCAUGUACAGUGAUGAUAGCGAGAUCCCACUAACUCGGAUUAUGAACUGCUCGGCGCGACAUAGUAUGUGACCUCAUGGUGUGGAAAGCAGAUGUUACUUGUUAGUCGAUCAGUAGGUGACACAGUUUGCAUCACACCGACAAGUUUUUACCCGGCAAGUCACUUGCCUGUGUUGACAACACCAGCAAAAGGGAAAUACCUUUCACUGAAGGCAACUUUAGACUUAGAGGCUAGGAAAUCGUCCAACUCGGAUAAGUAUGUCGGCUAGGUCGUUCUGCUGCAAGCUGUUCGGUGGCAACCACAUACAGCAGAUUUCAGUAUGUUCGAAGAUUCUGACAAGGCAGAAAUUCCAUACCUCUACCGCCAGCGGAAAACCAGCAACAUCGCCAUUAACCGGCAUCAGCGGCCCCAGCAGGUCCAAAAAAGCUAUCUGUUGGCGUUAUUGGAGCAGGGAGGAUUGCAACGUCUGUGCAUCUGCGCAACAUUCUGCAACAUCUUCGUCUGGACCUGAAGUGGAUCAUUGAAAAUGACGUGGUCAGGCAACGCUUUGUCCGAGAAGAACUCAUGUUGGGGGACGAGUUCCCUUUCUUCACAUCGAGCGACAGAUUCAAGCUGCUUGAUGACAAGAGCUUGGACGCAGUGUUUGUGCUGACACCUGUAGAAACACACACAGAGUAUGCCUGUGAUGCCUUACAGAGAGGGAAGCCCGUGUUUGUUGAGAAGCCGCCAGGUGUCAACUACACUGAUGUAAAGCAUGGCUACGAGACCGCCGAGAAAUUCCAGACACCCCUCCUGACAGGCUUUAUGAGACGGUUUGAUCCAGCAGUUCAGGCAACAGUUCAAACUGUACAACAGGGAGAUAUAGGCAACAUCCACGUGAUAACACUGGUCACGAGGGACUCGCCACGCCCAUCCUACGAGUAUCUCUCCUCGCUGGCUAAGAACGGAUGCAACAUCUUCUGUGAUCUGACCCCUCACGACAUUGACUUGAUGGUGUGGCUGACGGGGGCGGAACGCCCUGAGAGCAUCUACCUGACGGGCCACGCUCAUGACCCCGUGAUGAAGGAGGCGGGGGAAGCUGAUACUGUCACCGCCGUUCUCAAGUACAGGUCUGGCGUUGUAGCGUCAAUAAACAAUGUCAUUGAGUCAGUGUAUGGAUAUGAUAUCAGGUUUGAGGUGUUCGGCUCAGCAGGGAUGGCACAGAUGGACAACCCACGCUUGUCGAGCGCCAAACUGGAGUUGACCAGUGGUUUCAGAAGCCCUCGUAUAUGUACUUCCUUCCCAGAUAGGUUCAGCAUGGCCUUUCAAAAUGAACUGGAACACUUUAUCAACUGCGUCGAUGGGACAGAAUCUCCCCUCAUUACGAAAGAACAAUGUCUGAUGACAACGGAGAUUAUAGACCGAGGGACUGAGUCCUUUCAGCAAGGGGGCGUCAUCAGAUUCCAAUAAUGCAGAGAGUUAUAAUGAAAAGAACGGUCAUUUUGAACAGAAUCAGUCUCUCCCCAAAUCGUUUGAGUCUUCUCAGCCUGUACAUGGCUCUUGGCAUCACUUUCAGUAGUGAGUGAGUGAGUGUAAGUGAGUAUGGUUUUACGCCGCUUUAGCAACAUUACAGCAAUAUCACGGUGGGGACACCACAAAUGGGCUUCACACAUUAACACAUAUGGGGAAUCGAACCCGGGUCUUCGGUAUGACAAGUGAAUACUUUACCCACUAGGCUACACGGCCCCGAGUAAGGGAGUAAUUUGACGGGCUGUUCGAGAAGAUUGACCAGACUGAACACAAAAUUACUAACAGUGGCUGGAGUUUUUUUUAAAAUUUCUAAUGUUCUGGGAACUGCUGAAGAUUUGAUGGGGCUUCUAAAAUUCAGUUAAACGUUUUGUCAUGAAGUGUCAUCUCACUGCCAUUUCUCUUCUGACGCACAUUUACAUAGGAUCUGACUUGUGAACGUAGUGCGACAAUUGCGCUCGCGCAUCACUUUGUAGAUCUGCUUUUCUGUUAUAAAUGUCUCCACUUUUUAUCAAACCAUCGUAACAGUUUUGUGCUGCUGUUGUAUUAUUUUACAUCGUAAUGAAAACUAUGAUAGCUCAAAAUACUGCCUGAUAUCUGAAUAACAUAAAUAUAUAUAUCAAAUGGAUUUGUAUGCGUAACUGUAUAUAACGUUAUAUAAAAAUGGCUUGCCAUUUAUAACGAAACAUAUUUUCUUCUAUGACGUCAGAAGACGACGUCACACACGCAUAUAAAAGGGGCCAUAACUCCGCUAUGCUUAACACUAGGUCACUGGGAGCAUAUUUGCGCGGACAAGGACUAUACAUUUUCUGUGUACUGGCCUUAUCGGCAAAUGUAAUAAAUUUACUUAAA